GUGCAGAGUUUCUCGGCUGUUCUCUUUUGCCUUAGGACUGUGGGAUUGGACAGCAGCCCCGCUCUCUGUCCCGUCUUUGUUCCCCUGUUUUGAUAAGAAACACGAGAAGAGCUCCUCUGCUCCACAGUCAUAGUCAUCACUUUUGCCACUUUCUACACAGUCUGCAGCGUCAGGCCGCUUUGCAAAGCCUACAUCAUGAAUGGCACAGGGGAUGGGAUCUACGACCACGCUCCUCAUGACGGCUCCUUCAUGUUUACCUCUGAGUCUGUGGGAGAGGGACACCCUGAUAAGAUAUGUGACCAGAUCAGUGACGCCGUGCUGGACGCGCACCUGAAGCAGGACGCGGACGCCAAAGUGGCUUGUGAGACGGUGUGUAAGACCGGCAUGGUGCUGCUGUGUGGGGAGAUCACGUCCCGGGCCCACGUGGACUACCAGAAGGUGGUGAGAGAAACCAUCCGAGACAUCGGAUACGACAACUCAGACAAAGGUUUUGAUUAUAAAACCUGUAACGUGCUGGUGGCCCUGGAGGAGCAGUCACCCGACAUCGCACAGGGAGUUCACAUUGACCGUCUGGAGGACGACAUUGGAGCUGGAGACCAGGGUCUGAUGUUCGGCUACGCCACAGAUGAGACAGAGGAGUGCAUGCCCCUGACCGUCGUCCUCGCCCACAAACUCAACGCCAAGAUGGCCGAACUGAGACGUAACGGGACCGUCCCUUGGCUCCGCCCCGACUCCAAGACACAGGUGACGGUCCACUACACCCAGGAGCACGGCGCAGUGAUCCCCACCAGGGUCCACACCGUGGUGAUCUCCGUGCAGCACGACGACAACGUGAGUCUGGAGGAGCAGAAGAAGGUCCUGAAGGAGAAGGUCAUCAAGGCCGUGGUCCCCUCGAGGUACCUGGACGAGAACACCGUGUACCACGUGCAGCCCAGUGGACGCUUUGUGAUCGGCGGACCCCAGGGCGAUGCCGGAGUGACGGGCAGGAAGAUCAUCGUGGACACGUACGGAGGUUGGGGGGCCCACGGCGGCGGGGCUUUCUCUGGGAAGGACUACACCAAGGUGGACCGCUCGGCGGCCUACGCUGCCCGCUGGGUGGCAAAGUCUCUGGUCAAGGCCCAGCUGUGCAGGAGGGUGCUGGUGCAGGUGGCGUAUGCGAUCGGAGUCGCCCACCCGCUCUCCAUCUCCCUCUUCACCUACGGCUCCUCUCAGCUGAGCGAGAAGGAGCUGCUGCAGAUCGUCAACAAAAACUUUGACCUCAGACCCGGCGUCAUCGUCAGAGACCUGGACCUGAAGAGACCGAUCUACCAGAAGACGGCCUGCUAUGGACACUUUGGCAGGAAGGAGUUCCCCUGGGAGGUCCCAAAGAACCUCAAUUUCUAGAGUAUCUGUGUCUGAGUGUGUGUGUGUGUGUGUGUGUGUGUGUGAGAGAGAGAGUGAUGUAUAGAUAGCUGUCCUCGUGAUCCUGUAACCCAGUAAGGGAUGAGCAGCUGGGUGGGUUCAGAUAGUCUCUGGUGAUUGGACGAGGGGGGGAACGGAUGACCCCUCAAACGUGACAUGAAAUGGGAGUCAGCGAUCUGGUAUUUUGGUCCCAUCGAUUCGGCUUACAGUGACAUGCCUGCAGUGUGUUUCACACUAAAAAGGUGGUUUGCAACAACUUUCUGUCCAGAAAUAAGUGAAUGACCAAGAUGUUUAGAGCGAGCAGUUUGAACAAAUUUAAUGCCUUAAGAAAAGUCUUGUUGUUAUUGUCAGUAUUUUUAUAUGAUUGUUGCUGUACGAUGCAGGUUUUAGUCUGCCUUUGGAUGAUCUAAAGCCUUCUGGAUGAUGUUAAAGUUUUACAUGCAGUAAAGUCUGUAGAUGUCAAUAGCUUUUUAGGCGGUUUUUUUUCCCAGUCUGUCUGACAGAGAAGAUGUACAGCAGAUAUACCAAAGAUUGUUAGUCACUCAGAAGUUGUCUCUGAACAUUUACACCAGAUAUUUUAAUCAUCGUGGUCAGAACGUUUCUACAAUAGAUAUCUGGCUGCUGGCAGAGAGUCUGCAGAUGAUCUAAAGUCUUCAACAUUACAGUGUAAACUCUUUAUAAGUUUAGGGAGUUAAUGCCG